AUGGCGACAUUGCAGCGGCCACUGGACGAGAUCGCUGCUCUGUCCUCAUCACCAGCCUUUGGCACACCUGUCCAUCCUAUUCUACCAACCGAGCAGGGACGGCCACUCGUACAGCCAGCGUUCAAGCCUGUGGUGCACGCAGUAAUCGCAGUAAAGCUAGAGCCACCGCAGAUUCGACCCCUCGCCUUCCGGACGUUCACUAAGAAGCACAAUCUCACGCUCAGCGCGUCGUCACUCCAAGCCUUGGCAUCGUUCAUUGGCAAGCAUUGUGGAACAGGAUGGCGGGAGGAAGGAACUGGAGAGAAGGUGCUCGAGGAGGUUGCCAGGCUGUGGAAAGCAGAGAGUGGUGGCGUGAUCGUUGAGGACGGUACGCGGCUGAAGACUAUACUCAGAACACUCGAAUCCUGCAUGAGUGGAGGAAGGCUCGGGCAGGCGAAGAGUGGCAGCAAGCUGAGCAGGGAGAGCAGCUUUGCCUUUGGCAACGAUAGUGCGGUCGACCUAUCAGAGGAUACAUCGAGACGACCAAGCCUGGACAGCCACAGGAAUAGCAGUUUUGGCAUGAGCAAGCUGCAGGUUGACGAGGAUGAAGACCACGAUGAAGCGAGCAAAGAUCCGAGAGCCUGGAUCAAAGUCCAUUCGGCAUACGAACAGCCUCGAUUCACCUAUGACAUGGACAAGAAGCACUUUGUUCAGCCCAGCAACGCGCCAUCUCUGUUUCCUUCCCCUGCUCACAAGACAGCAUUAUUUCGAGAACGGUACAACAUAAUCUACCAGCGACUAUUGCGAAACGAAGCAUUCCAAGCUCCGUCAUUCUCCUCGAAUCGGGCAACGCUCGCUCGGACAGAUAGUACGACAACCGCUCAACAGUUCUACAAGAUCACACCCGUGGCGAAUCUACUAGGUCGCGGAGGCACUUCGCAUCUUUUGCUUGGCAUGCUAGUGAUCGCACCGACCGGCACUUUGGCACUCAACGACCUGUCUGGCGGCAUCAGCCUGAAUCUCCAGCACGCACAACCUUUGCAAGGCAAAGACUCAGCUUACUUUUGUCCCGGCAUGAUCGUCCUCGUCGAUGGAGUGUAUGAAGAGGACUGGGCAGGUGCAGGUAGUGCCGGAUUGGGCAACACUGGUGGUGUUGGCGGCACAAUCGGUGGUAGAUUCCUUGGCUUCAGCAUCGGCGGCCCACCAGUAGAAAAGCGAAGCGUCAGUCUUGGUCUGAGCACGAACGCGACUGAAGUCGGAGGCGGCUUCGGGUGGACAGACUUCCUUGGUCUAGGAUCCGAACGAGCGAUCGGCGACAGAAUGCGAAGGCUCGAGCAGAGAUUUCUUGGACUGGAGAAUGAAUUUGCGAGCGAGCAGCGAAGGAAGAUGGUAGUUAUGUCAAAGGUGACGCUUGAUCAUCCUUCGACUCUUUCAGCUCUUCGAAAAGUGCUUGAACAGUACGCAGCCAACAUUGAGCAACCUCUGGCAUUUCUGAUUAUGGGCGAUUUUUGCUCUCAAGCGGCAUUGGCAAGUGCAGGUGUUGGAUCUGUCGAGUACAAGGAGAUAUUCAACGAGCUUGCUGCUGUGCUUCGAGACUUUCCUACACUUCUCAAGAACAGCACUUGGGUCUUCGUGCCUGGCGACAACGAUCCCUGGCCAGCAGCCUUUGGUGCUGGCGCCAGCACAGCGGUGCCUAGAGAUAAUGUUCCUGAUGUCUUCACAAGCAGAGUUCAGCGCACGUUUACAGAAGCAGGGUUGAGCAAAGAAGAAGUCAGUAGACAGGUCUUCUGGACUAGCAACCCCACUAAGCUCAGCUUCUUUGGUCCGGCUCAUGAGGUGAUGAUAAUGAGAGACGAUAUCUCUGGUCGACUGAGGAGGAAUGCUGUUCGUAUAGGGCAGGCCACGAAAGAAACGGAGAGCCAGCGAGCGGAAGUGGAAGUAGAGACUGGAAUGGAUGAUAUCGUCAUGUCUGGCGCACUACCCACCGCCGAGGAUGUGGACGACACCCGUCCGGGUACGGAGCCGCAGAGCAGCAAUGUGGCAGCCUCGUCCGAAGACUAUAUAACUCAGGAAGCCAAGAAGCUCAUUCUCUCUCUUUUACCACAGUCAACACUUUCGCCGUUCCCGCUGAGUACGCGACCUGUACAUUGGGACUAUGCUGGCUCACUGUCACUUUACCCGCUUCCGCAUACGCUCAUAUUAGCUGACGCCGAGAGUGAGCCUUUCGCAAUGACUUUUGAGGGUUGCCAUGUGAUGAAUCCUGGCCGACUCGUGACUGGAAGUGGCAGGCGGAAGAAGGUGCAAUGGAUCGAGUACGAUUUGCUUUCGAAACGAGGGACGAUGAUGGACAGUUGGGUUGGAUGA